AUGCUCGUACCCUCGGUUGCCGCUCAUGGAGGCUUGCUCACCUUCACCGGGAAGGACUCAACCUCGUUGUUCGGAGGUGAAAAGGGGAUGCUGCUGCCCGUUCAUUGUGGUAGGUGGCCUUUUAAGGUGUCGCUGCAAUUCGCGGCUCGUGGUGGCCGAACGGACAUGAACAAGGGCUUGCCUCGACUUGCGGCUACUGUCCGCAGUGGCUCGCUGAGAGAGAAGGAGAGGGCUCGGUUGCUGCUACUCGCGGGUGGUCGCCGGAAGGAUUGGAGCUUCAGGUCGCCGGUAUUGUGUCUGAAAAUUGUUGAGGAAGAAGAUGAAUAUGAAGGGCAGCUUAAGCCAUUGAAGAGGAAGAUGAAGGACGAUUCUCCUCUUGCGUUUAAAGGAAAGGGAGACUAG